AUGUAUAGAGGAUUUUAUCAGCGCGAUUUCGAAUACGGGUUUUGCCCGGACUGCAAACUACUAAAUACAUCUUUAAAUUGGUGUCAAAAAUGUAAUGCUAAAAGAUUUCAUCAACAGUUUCCAAAUUGGACCAGUGGUGACCAGAAUAUUGAUAGGUUUUUGCAUGAAGCUCAACUUUCUGCUAUGAGCUCUUGGGAAGUUUUAGAAUGGAUUCCGUACGAUCAAUUCAGAGAAAUAACAUAUCUUGCAAAAGGAGGUUUUAGUACUAUAUACAAGGCUAUUUGGAUUGAUGGAAAUAUUUAUAAAUGGGAUCAUGAAAAAAAUGAUUGGAUUCGAAUACAAUGUGAAAUUUUUGAUGAUUGGACUUAUCGUAUCAAUGAUAAUAAUCAAAUAUUAACGAGAGGUAAAAUGGUUGUACUAAAAAGUCUUAAAAAUUCGUCAAAUGUGAAUGAAUGUUUUUUAAACGAAAUUAAACACGCUAUCGAACAAUUUCAAAAUGCUGAUAUAAAGUUGCAGGAGAUUCAAUUGAUUUCUAAGCCUAGAAAAUUACAUCACCCAAAAGCAUAUUAUAAUAGCCGACUGCUCAAUCCUUUUGCGUUAAAUAAUCUUCGUGAAUAUGAAAAACGUAAAACUACUGAAAUUAAUAUAAAUUGUGAUGAAACUUUUAGUGAAAAUAUGG